CGGACGUGCCGGUGCGCUCCGCCGCCCCGGGCACCGACGGGCACCGGAGCAGGCCAUGCCGCCGCCGCCGCUGCUCCCGAUGCUCCCGCUGCUGCUCGCGCUCUGCCCGCGCCUGCCCCGCGCCGACCCGCUCUCCUACCCCGCCGUGAUUUCCCCGCAGGACCCCACGCUGCUGAUCGGCUCCUCGCUGCUGGCGACGUGCACGGUGAGCCCGGGCGUGCCGCUGCGGGCGCAGGACCUGUACUGGACGCUGAACGGGCGGCGCCUCCCGCCCGCAUCCUACACCGCGCUCGGCCCCGCCACGCUCAGCGUGGCCCUGGCCCGCCUCAACGGCUCCCGCCAGCAGUCCGGGGACAACCUGGUGUGCCACAGCCGCGAUGGAGGCAUCCUGGCCGGCUCCUGCCUCUACGUUGGAUUGCCCCCAGAAAAACCAGUCAACAUCACUUGCUGGUCCAAAAACAUGAAGGACCUGACCUGCAAGUGGGCACCAGGGACAGAAGGGGAGACCUUCCUGCACACCAACUACACCCUCAAGUACAAGCGCAGGUGGUACGGCCAGGACAACACCUGCCAGGAGUACCACACGGCCGGAACCUACUCCUGCCACAUCCCCAAGGACCUGGCCCUCUUCACGCCCUACGAGAUCUGGGUGGAGGCGUCCAACCGCCUGGGGGUGGCCGUGUCCGACGUGGUCAUGCUGGACAUCCUGGACGUGGUCACCACGGACCCGCCGUCGGACGUGCACGUCAGCAGGGUGGGCGACCUGGAGGACCAGCUGAGCGUCCGCUGGAGCUCCCCGCCGGCCCUCAAGGAUUUCCUCUUCCAAGCCAAGUACCAGAUCCAAUACCGGGUGGAGGACAGCUCCGAGUGGAAGGUGGUGGAUGAUGUGGGCAACCAGACCUCCUGCCGCCUGGCCGGCCUGCGCCCCGGCACCGUCUACUUCGUCCAGGUGCGCUGCAACCCCUUCAGCAUCUACGGCUCCAAGAAAGCCGGAAUCUGGAGCGACUGGAGCAACCCCACGGCCGCCUCCACCCCGCGCAGCGAGCGAGUGGCGGGGGGCUGCGACCCCAAGGGGGGCGAGCAGAACACGACGCUGCGGCGGGAGCUGAAGCAGUUUUUCGGGUGGGUGAAGAAACACGCCUACGGCUGCUCCAACCUCGGCAUCAAACUCUACGACCAGUGGCGCGUGUGGCUGCAGAAAUCGCACAAAACACGCAACCAGGUUCUUCCCGGCGAUAAGUUGUAG